AAAAGGAUUAUUUUCAUCUUCAUUAACAGCAUCUGAAAAACUAUUGCACCGAUUUAAAACAAUUGAUCGUUCAUUCAAGAAAUUUUACCAACGUCAUCGUCAAAACAAUCAUCAACGGAACGACUUUUACUGUUGUUAUUCUAACUUCUCAACAAAAGCGAACUUAUCCACUCCAUCAUCACCUUUCCGUAUUCUUUUCUUUGGAUCUGAUGCUUUUUCUGUAGCUUCUUUACGCGCAUUGAUCAACGAACAAAAAACAAAUCCAAAUGUAUUGGUGAAAUCGAUAGAGGUGGUCUCACCCCCAGAUCAAAGAGUCGGACGGGGUCUCAAAUCCAUAAAAAUCAGCGAAAUAAAAUCAUUUGCUAAAGAACAUCAAUUGAUUGUUCAUGAUGCACCGAUGAAAACACUUCAAGGUUGGAGGAUACCAAAGCCUAAAGAUGACGAAGACAAUGAUGCUUCAUCUGGAUCAUUUGAUAUUGGAAUUGUAGUCUCUUUUGGAUAUUUCCUAACUCAAGAGAUUCUUGACGCUCUUCCGAACGCCAUUAAUAUCCAUCCGUCCUUAUUGCCAAACUAUCGUGGUGCUUCUCCGAUUCAAUACGCAAUUAUGAAUGGAGACAAAGAGACGGGAAUUACGAUACUGGAAUUACACCCAAAGAUCUUUGAUGCCGGAAGGAUAUUGAGGCAGAUUACAUUGCCAAUUCCGCCGGAUUCCACAUACAAAAGAUUAGAAGCAUAUCUAGCCGAAAAAGGGGCUGAAUUGUUGAUCGAUACGUUACGCAACUUUUAUGAUUAUAAAGUGAAUGCGCAACCACAAGAUGUGAAACAAGUAACUAAAGCGCCGAAAAUCACCAAAGAGAUGUCCAUUAUAAAUUGGGACAAAUUGAUAGCAGAGCAAGUCGUACGUUUAGAUCGCGCUAUUUCUCACCAGUAUCCACUGCGUACCUGGUUCAACGGCCAUCAAAUCCAACUGUUCAAUAUUCACCUGAUCUCGGAUUCCUUAACCGGCACUGAGAAAGCACAGCCAGGCACAAUUUUUUAUCAGCACCCCCAAAAAUCAAUCCAAAUCGUUUGUGCAGAUGGCACGAGCGUGAUUGGUUGCACUUCCGUAAAAAUGGCAGAAAAGAAAGAAAUCUCGGUGAAGGAUUGGAUUAACGGGUAUCCAAUUACUAGUGGUGUUACGAGAUUUGGUGAUAAUUCGAAAAAGGAAUGA